AGAGGGGCGGCUCUGAAGAGGCUGCUCAUUUUUGGGGGAAAUACACACAGUACAGUUACUUUGUGUCCUGACUGAGGGGAAAAAAUACCUCUGUUUGGCUGAGAUUGAUGAUUUAAAACAGGCGACUUUUAACCUAAUAAAAACGGACAGUUGGAGGCGACGGGGAAACGUUACAAUUUUUCCGUGAGGUUGAGUGAGAAUUUGCGCUAAUAGGCUCCAAAAGAAUAAGAAAUUGUUGGGUGUUUAUUGAGGAGAGAGAAACUAAAGCCUGCUUUGUGGAGGGUUUGGGAUGCUGGCUUCCCGCGCGCUCCGCUGCUUGCUGUGCGCGCUGAGCUGCGCGUGGUGGCUUCCCACCGGGACAGCCUCGCGCCUGAAGACUCCUGCGCUGCCCAUCCAGUCCGAGAGGGAGCCGGUGCCCUCCAAAGGCUUGGCAGGAUGCUCCUUUGGAGGUCGAUUUUACUCCUUGGAGGAGACCUGGCACCCAGAUCUAGGGGAGCCCUUUGGUGUCAUGCACUGUGUCCAGUGCCACUGCGAACCUCAAAAGAGUCGCAGGAAGGUGUCGGGUAAAGUGAACUGCAGAAACAUCAAACAGGACUGUCCCACCCUGGACUGUGACGACUCUGUUCUGCUUCCCGGACACUGCUGUAGAACCUGUCAGAAAGGUGCGGUUGACAAAAAGCAGACUGAUAUUAUGCUGGAGACCUUUGAGUAUUUCCAUGAAAAGGGCAAAGAGGACGACCUCCACAAAUCCUACAAUGACAGAUCCUAUCUGAGCUCUGAGGACACAGGCCUCGGAGAAAGCCGCACAGACUUUGUGGCGUUAUUGACCGGAGUGACAGACUCAUGGCUGCCCAGCUCCAGCGGAGUUGCCAGAGUCCGUCUUUCUCUGACCAGAACCAUGCUGACCUUCUCUGUUACAUACCAAAGAAUCGGCCGCCCCAGUAAAAUAGCCAUCUUGGACUCAGAUGGGACUCCUGCUUUUGAAUAUAAAGUCCCCAAAGGACAGACGGACAUGAUCUGUGGAGUUUGGAAAAAUUUGGCAAAACCUCUCUUGCGAAAGUUGCAGUCUGAGCAACUGCGCAUCAGCAUGACCAUAUCCACAGGCAGACGAGAAGAGGUGGUUGGAAAGAUCAUCAAACACAGAGCGCUGUUUGCUGAGACAUUCAGUUCAGUGCUGACCUCAGAGGAAGAGAAUGCAGGAAUGGGAGGCAUUGCCAUGCUGACGCUGAGUGACAGUGAGAACAACCUUCACUUCAUCCUCAUCCUGCAGGGUCUCAUCAGACACAAGGACAAAGAGCCUGUUUUGGUCCCAAUCCGAGUCCAGCUGGUGUACCGCCAACAUGUCCUAAGAGAGAUCCGGUCCAACAUUACAUCUAACGAUCCAGACUUUGCUGAGGUGCUGACAGACCUGAACAGCCGAGAUCUGUUUUGGUUAUCUCGUGGUCAGCUGGAAAUCGCCGUGGCAACCGAGGAUCAGGAUCCCCGACAAAUCUCUGGCUUCAUCACUGGGAGAAAAUCUUGUGACACUAUUCAGAGUGUGAUGUCCAGCGGCGAUGCGUUGAUCCCAGGGAAGACAGGAGGGGUGGGUUCUGCCAUCUUUAACCUCCAUGGCAACGGGACGUUGGACUACCAGGUUCAGGUCGCAGGUCUCACAAGUGACAUUGUGGGUCUCACAAUAGAACUGAAGCCGCGGCGUCGAAACAAGCGCUCUGUCCUUUACGAUUUAACUGCGGAGUACAGCAGGGCGACUGGGCAGUCGGUGGGCAGCUGGAGUCGACUGGAGGCCCGACAUAUCCACAUGCUGCUGCAAAACGAGCUCUUCAUCAAUGUGGCCACGGCACACAGCCAGGAGGGGGAGCUCAGGGGGCAAAUCAAAGUCCUGCCUUACAGUGGCCUAGAGGUACCCAGACAUGAGCUUCCCACUCCUCUGGCCGGGCAUUUUGUGUCUCCACCGGUACGAACUGGAGCAUCUGGCCAUGCCUGGGUGUCUGUGGAUAAACAGUGCCAUCUGCACUACAAGAUAAUCGUCGCAGGUCUUAGUAAGACGGACGACGUGACCAUGAACGCCCACCUACACGGACUGGCAGAGAUCGGAGAGCUGGAUGACAGCAGCACAAAUCACAAGAGGCUCCUGACGGGUUUCUAUGGCUCUCAGGCUCAGGGGGUUUUAAAGGACAUGAGCAUUGAACUACUGCAACAUCUGGACCAGGGAACAGCCUUCAUCCAAGUCAGCACCAAGCUGAAUCCUCAGGGAGAAAUACGAGGACGGGUCCAUGUACCAAACAGCUGUAAACUUGGUGCCCCAGCAGAGGUAGAGGAGGCUGAGUUUGAUGACCUUUUCCUGAAUGACCCAGAGGAGCUGAAGAAAGACCCAAACACCUGCUUCUUUGAGAACCAGUAUCACGCUCAUGGUUCCCGCUGGACUCCCAGCUAUGACAAGUGUUUCACAUGCAGCUGCCAGAAGCGAACAGUGAUCUGUGAUCCAGUUAUUUGUCCAGAGCUGACCUGCUCCAGAACCAUUCAACCCGAGGACAAGUGCUGUUCCGUCUGUGAUGAAAGAAGGGAGCCCAAGGACAUAAAAACACCAGAGAUGGUGGAGGAACAUUUAGAAGGUUGUUACUUUGAGGGCGACCAGAAGAUGCAUGCCCCAGGGACCACAUGGCAUCCCUUUGUUCCUCCCUUUGGAUACAUUAAAUGUGCGGUCUGCACUUGCAAGGGCUCUACUGGGGAGGUCCACUGUGAGAAGGUGACGUGUCCCGUACUGACUUGCAGUCACCCAGUGAGACGCAGCCCCUCUGACUGCUGCAAGGAGUGUCCAGAAGAAGAGAGGACCCCUGCAGGCCUGGAGCACAGCGACAUGAUGCAAGCGGACGGCCCACGGUACUGCAAAUUUGGAAAGAACUUCUACCAGAACAGCGACAGCUGGCACCCCUGGGUGCCGCUGGUGGGCGAGAUGAAGUGCAUCAACUGCUGGUGUGAUCAUGGAGUUACCAAGUGUCAAAGGAAACAAUGUCCUGUGCUGGCCUGUUCUAAUAUCACCCGUACAGAGAGCUCAUGCUGUCCUGAAUGUGCUGAUCAGAAAGAGGAAGCUGAUCUGAUGACAAAAACACCAGGCAAAAGACGAACCUGGAAACAAUGAGGAUGUGGAAUGUCCCCACUUUAGAAAUGAGCCCCAGACCCUUUUCUAGAAAACAACGCCCUCCUCCUCCUCAUCCCACAUGGACCUAUACCCAGAGCUGCACACUGGGACCCCCUUAUCUCUCCUGACCCAACACCCACCCUGUUAUCAGCUUCAAGAUUGUAAAGAGGAGAGCCGUGCAGAGACUGAAGGGAGUUCAAAUGCAAAAUAAGGACUUUAAGUGAAGCGGUAAAGCUUUGGAGAGGACCAUCCUAGCGUUACUCACAUGCUGCCUUCAAUGUUUGUUGGAGUUUAGCCGUUCCUAAACGGGUGAAAGGUGAAGCUGUAGGUCCAACGCAGCUGUUCAUCGGACUGAAAUCCAGGUGGAUUUUAAAUAGUAAGUGUUGGGAGAAAAAAGCAGUUUGUAUCGACAGAGCUUAUAUUUGAAGCACAGCCAUAGUUACUGCGGCUCCCACUGGACACAGCGAUGGAAAAUGUUACUUAAGAAGGCGUGAGUGUGUGAAUGUCGGUAUCCGUGUGUCUUUCUUUUACUUCCUUUGGGGUUUUUUUUAAAGUGUGAGUAAGUGAAUAGAAGAAGCGUAUCUGUGCCCACACGCCUACAGCUUUUGCCUGAUGUAAGAAAAUAUUUCCACUCUGUAUGACUCUCAUUUCUGACAGGAUCGCUCAGUUUUUCUGGGACAGAGCAUUAAAACACCUUCUGUUUAUAUCA